UGUCUCUGGGUUUUCAAGAUUUUCAUUGCUAUAGUUGUGGCUAAGACAAAGCAUGCGGUGGUGUAGCUUAUCUAUAGAAAUUUAUAGAAAAUUCAUCUUCCUCAAUCUUUACUGUCGUGUAAUUCUGUAAAAGUUUUCAAACCCUUUUGUGAAAUUACCAAAAUACCCUUCUCAUCAUUCAUUAUUUUCCUUUCGGUUCAUCCAUGGGAACUAAUCUUUUUGUUGUGAUCCCUUGUUACUGUCGUUGGAUUAGUUGAAUCCGAAUCCGUAAACCGAUUCUUAGCCGUUGGUUUGGCAAAGAUAAAGUUCGAGUCUUUUUCGUGUUAGUUACGUUGUACACAAAAUAUUGUAGUUGGGGAUUAUAUAGUUCUUGAGAUCUUUAGUAGUUAUGGUGGGUCAAUCAGCCGGUCAGACGAGAUUCCGAGCAUUGAAACAUGAAAAUGGAAUUGAUGGAAGUGCCACCAUAAUUGUUAAAGUUAUUGCAUGCUUUCAACCUCUUCAAGAUUGUCAGGCCGAGUAUUUUAGACUUUUGCUUAAGCCCGUAACGUAGUUCUGUUUUCCUGUUCGUGAUCAAGCUGGAAUUAUUAGUUUUCGUUGUUAUUAUAGUGUUUCAGAAAUCUUAAUACACGCCUGCUAUAGUGUUCAUCUCUUGGUAAUAGUUUAUAUUGGAUGGAGAAGGGUUUUGAAUCCUGGUUUCAGAACCAACAAAUCGAUUUAAAUUUGUCGAGUGCUCCUUUUGGUUUGUGGCACCGACCAAGUGUUCCAUUUUUAGGGAGUAUGCUCUCACCGAACAUGACUGAUGGAAACCUCCCACUGUUUACAUUUACUGCAAGCAAACCACAAGAACCAUGUGACUGGUUCAAUGGCUUGACCCAUGUGGUCAACUCGAUCCCGAAGAAACAACUUCCCGUACCUCAAGCCACAAAUGAGGUACAAAAGAAGUUUCUUGUGUUUGAUCAAUCGAAUGAUCAAACCACAUUGAUUUAUAACUCAACCCCGAUUCAGUACCACCCUCUCAAACCUCAACUUCCCAUUCACCGGAAAAGGGAAGAGUUAGUCAUUGAAAAAUUCGAGGAUACACGUAGGUCAAAUCGAAAUUUUGAUGACGGUUAUGAUGAUGCAAGUGAGAUGCAUGAGGAUUCCGAAGAGCUUAACGCAUUACUCUAUUCUGAUGAUGAUGCCAGCAACGACGAGAUUGAUUAUUACGAGGAUGAGGAGGAACGGAGUACAGGGCAUUCCCCCAGUAUGUUGACAGGAUCUAAUAAACAUGAAUUUGUUGACGAUAAAGUUGAAGAAGUGGCUAGUUCAACGGGUUUUAGGAAACGGCAUAAACUUGAUACAGGUGGGUAUGAUGUCAUAUCUCUUGAGGACACUGCAAGCUCAGCAAAAUCGGGUGUUAAUUGCUCCGAUGAGGCGGAGUUCAGUAGUUGUGAGAAUUAUUCUAGAGCUAGAAUAGCCUUUCCAAAAAUUGAAUCUGAAACUUUUCCAACAGGUAAAAGGGCUAGAAUUGAGAAAGUAAGGGAGACUAUAAGCAUUCUUCAAAAUUUAAUUCCUGGUGUGAAAAGUGGCAAGGAUCCUAUGGUGAUUCUUGAUGAAUCCAUUAGUUACUUGAGAAUUUUGAAGGUGAAAGCUAAAGCCUUGGGGCUUGAUUCUCUCUAAAAGAAGCAUAACGAAAGGCAAAUCUUUGUCCUGAAACGGUCAUGCUAUAGUGAUGUGUACGUUGAGCGUUAAAGGUUGUAUAUUGAUCUAGUUAAGUUCGGGAUGAAGGUUUAACAAAAGAAGAUUUAUAGUUAAUGGUCAUUAUGGUAAUCUAUACUGUUUGAGUUUUGUGUGUAAAAAAAGGAGAAUUUGGUAGUUUGCAGUUGGCAAUUUUGAAAGCUUUUGUGAAGGAAAAGUUUGGUAACCAUCGAAGUCAUUCAUGAGGUGUUUGUAUGAUGGAUAAAUAAGAUUUUCAAGCCUUUUGGUAAAAGCUUCAGCAAUGUAUAUCUUUUAUUGUCUUGUUGAGUACAAGCCCUUGCAAAAAUCAUUGUCAUAAAUUUGGUGUUGGCAAAGAUUUUUGCUUGUAAAGUGAGAUAUUGCUUAGGGUAUAAAGAAGUUGAAAGCUACUUUUUUAAGUUUGGUGAAGGGUUAAGUUGGUAAUUUGCUAUUGAAAUAUGACAACUUGUGGGGUUGAAAUGUUAUUGAAAGCUUUGUGAAAGGAAAGCUUGGUGCCCAUGAAGCCAUUAAGUAUUUCUUAGAUUCUUGACAUUGAUCCUUCAUGGCAUGUUAUAAAGGUGUUAAAGAAGAGUACAAAUCUUAGUGCAUCAUGUGGAAAUUUAAAGCAUGUGAAAUUCUUGGAUUGUUGGUGUAAUGUUAAUGAUGAUCCUCAUGGUUGUAUAUAGGUUAAAGUAAGGUUAGUCUUUAUAAUCUACAACUUGCACUUCACUAGGUAUAAAUUUGAAGCAUGGAGCAUGGAUCAUGGAUGACUAUUUUCUUGGAUGAUUAUGGACUAUUAUCAUGUAACACUCCACUUUCAUUGCAUGUAGUAUAAGUCAAAUAAUGAGUAUUUUCAUGGGGUGUAUAAUAGGUACAACUUUUUUGUCACAAGGUGCUAAUAUCAUUAGACAGGUACUACCAAGGCUGAAAAGGAAAUGUCUAAUGAGGUGAAAAAGAAAGGAGGAAAAUGAAAAGUAGUGUGUUUCUGUGUGUUUGUUUAUGUGUGUGGGUGAGAAGAAGCAAGAAAAGAGACUUUUGAUUCUUGAGAGGAAAUAAAGGAAUUGUAUUGUAGGGCCUAUGAAGUUGGCAAGCUUGCAUGCCUGGUUGGUGACUCAGAUGGACCCAAAACUCACUUCAUGUUUCUCUCUUUUCUGUUCAAGUUCAAAGGGUAAUCAUCAAUUGUGGGGUUAUCUUUCUUUAUUAGGUUGGACAAAUUGAUAAGUUCACUAGUCAAGCACACUAUUAAUGAUGUGCUCUUUUUAUGUAGCAAGUAAUGUAAUAUGUAAUUUCAUUUUCUUGUGUGAUAUAUGUAUGUGUAUAUAAUCAUUUCAUUUGUGUAGUAGUUUUGCUUGGGUCAUUUUUGUCAAA